AUGGACCUUACAACUUUGUUUUACAAUCUUCGUGAAGAAGUGUCUUGUUCGGUGUGUUCGGACUUAUUCACGGAUCCAAAACAUCUCUCCUGUCUGCACAGUUUCUGCUUAAAGUGUUUGAAAGGAUGGUACGAAACGUGCGGGGGCGGAGACGCCAUUAGAUGUCCGAAGUGCCAAACCUUCAGUCAAGUUCCCUCAAGCGGUGAUCUUAAAGAUCUUCCGACCAGCUUUUAUCUUAACGGCUUAAUCGAUGUUCUUGCCAUUAAAGAAUGCAGCAAGACUCAAGUCAAAUGCGGAAACUGUGACCAGAAAACUUCGGUAGCAUCGUAUUGUUUCCAGUGUUGCAUAUUUUAUUGUGAAGAAUGCUUAGUCGGUCAUAACAUAAUGCGAGACAAGAAGGAGCAUCGCGUUUUGGCCGUAAAAGAGUUCCAAGACAAGGACUAUGAGGAUGUAUUGAAACGACCAAUAUUCUGUUCAAGACAAGGACAUCAAAAAAAGAAGCUAAAACUAUUUUGCAAGGAAUGUGAGACGGCAGUUUGUCAAACUUGCGUCAUGCUAGAUCACAAAGUUCAUAAGUUAACGCUGAUUGAGGAUGAAGCUUCGAAUCAAAGACUUGAGAUAAAAACUGUUAUCGAAACACAACGACACAACUUAGACGAAAAAAUGAACGUUGUCGCUAAGCUAGAUGAAGAUAAUGCUAAAGUGAUUCAACAGAACGAAAAUUUGAAGGGCGAUGUCCAAAGGUUUGCUGAUGGGUUGAUAAAAACAAUUCAAGCAAAAAUGCAAAAUGUUAUUGACGGGAUAGAAAACCAAACGAAGAAGUCACUUGAAAGAUUAACAGCAAAAAGGGGUGAGAUUCAGCAACAGAUAAAUGUUAUUAAAUCAUCGCUGGAGGAAGCUGAUAAACUUCUAAAACGAAGCACCACCGCGGAAGUCGUUCAGCUUAAAAAAACACUGCAAACAAUCUUUCAGGGCGUGGAUGAGACAGAGCCUUCUGUUCAUGACCGCAGCAGUCUGCAGGAGUUUGUUUUCGUAGAAAAUCAGAAGAUGCUUGAUGUCGUCAACGGCGAAGAAAUUGGAUUCUUGGAAGAAGGUUACCGAACAAAAGCAAAAGAAUCACUGGCUAAAGGCAAAGGACUGAAAGAAGGAACUGUUGGGCGUAAAGCUCAAUUCAAUUUGAUCACAAGAAACGCACAGAGAAAAAAGGUGUAUAAUGAAGAGGACCGUGUAACGGUAGAGAUCAAGGAAGAGCAAGAACAAGAAUGCGUUAAGGAAUUAAGAAUAAAUGAUAACAAGGAUGGAAUCUACAACAUCAGUUAUUUUCCCAGAGUUCAAGGGACAAUAAAGUUAUUAGUUAAGGUAAACGGGGAACAUAUUCAUGGUGGCCCUUUUGCUGUGAUUGUAAAACCAUUUCAAGUCAAACCUGUUUUAUGUCUUGGAGAGCAAGGCUCGGGUGAGGGAAUGUUUCAGCAUCCUUAUGGGGUGGCUGUGAGUGAUAGGGACGAAAUAGUAGUAGCUGAUCGAGGCAACCAUCGGGUUCAAGUGUUUGACAGUAAUGGGACUUUCUUAAGAUUCUUUGGCCGCGAAGGUAAAAAUGCUGGAGAGUUCAACUUCUCUGUUGGAGUAGCCAUUAAUAAGGACAGGAACAUUUUCGUGGCAGACAGGAACAACCACAGAAUACAGAUCUUUAGUUGGGAGGGGAGGCAUCUGGAUUCAUUUGGCGGCAAAGGAAGCCUUGAUAGUCAGCUCAUCUACCCUUGGGGUUUAUCCUUAGAUAGUACUGGUAAUGUUAUUGUUGCUGAUAAAGGUAACAAACUGAUUAAGAUCUUUACCCCGGAUGGUAAGUUUGUAAAGAAGAUAGGCGUGCAGGGUUCUUUUACUUUUCCUAUUCACUGUGUUCAGUGUGGUGAUUAUCUCAUAGUGUCAGACUCACAUGAACAUUGUAUCAAAGUAUUUAACAGGGAGGGUCAUUUUCAGUACAAGUUUGGUAAGCAGGGGGAGGGGGACGGGGAGUUUAAUUAUCCACGUUUUCUGUCAGUGACUCGGUCAAAGCGCCUGUUGGUUUGUGACGAGUAUAAUCAUAGAAUACAAGUCUUUGAUGUAGAUGGGAAGUUUGUAGGAAAAUUCGGUACAAAUGGCAGCAAAUUAGGAGAAUUUAAUAAUCCAUUCUCAGUAGCUAUUCUAAGUAGUGAUCAAAUUGUGGUGUCUGAGUACAAUAAUAAUCGAAUUCAAAUAUAUGAAUGACAUCUGACCAGUUUUCCUAAUAAUAAUUGCAAGCAUCACCAGUAGUCUUUUUCUAAUUUCUAAGUGUAGUAGGAUUACGUGAUUACAAUCAUUAUUUUAAAGUUUCUUAGAAUCAAACGUUGUGUUAAGUUUCGGUCAGUUUAUGAAUUGUUUUCUUGUAAGGAAGACAAUCAGGGUUUUCUUGCAUUCAUAUACCAAGUAUUGCCCUUAGCGACGGAUUACGAUGUACCUACUCGUUUUCAGGAGUCCCGAGCACUGUCCUUACGCUUUGCGCUUUGCGCAUAGCAUCUCGGGAAGGGUGCUCUGUCACCAAUCAUUGGCGCCUCGCGUUUUGCAUCCUUCCCAUGACGCUUGGCCCUGCAAAAUAAGCCGAACACAAAUCCAAGUAUAUUCUGUGGCCAAAUAUAGAUCCCAUCUUAGUCACUUUUGGGAAAAUUUCAUUUUCGCUCUCCCAUUUUAGUAACUUUCUGUUUAGGCAUCUACCUUUUAAAACCUUUUAACUAGGUCAUCGUGAAAUGAAUUGACACAUUGGUUUAACUUAACGACAAUAUGGGCAUAAUGUAGAAACGUAUAACAAUAUAGAUAAGCGUAGCCACUCUGUAAUACAAAAAAAAAAAGGGAAAUAAAUUUUUUACCUCUUAAGUAACCCUGUGUGAUAUGCACUUAUUUGUCUAAUCAUGCCAAUUUAGAGAUAUCAAAAUAUAAGUAAUCCGUUCUACUAUGCUUGGAACCUGACAAUGCCCAACAAUAAUGCAAGUCGCUUACAUUCCAAGCACUAGCUAGUAAUUGUACAACUCUUUAUGUUUCAAUUUAUUCCCUAAGACAAUCUAUUUUUCUUUUCGUUUGCAAUCUUUUCCGUAUUUCUGCUUUGACUCGGUAGGUUGAUGUAAAAAAAAUAGCUGAGAUCAAAAUUCAUGAAAAACAGUCUGGAAGUAGGAAAGGCGGACUGAGGUGUUUUUAAAAAUAUUAGCUUCUUUUGAGUGCCUCCUGCGAUUAAUUAUCUUAUUUAAUAAGUCGUUUACCUUAAGUGUUGCACGUAGAAAGCAACCCAAAUUGUUGACGUCUUCUUUGGUACGAGAAGUGCAAUGAAAACGUUCUAAGCCCGAUCCAUUUUUUUUCGGAUUUUCCCUAGAUCGUAAGUGCUUUCAUGACAUUGUAAAGGUUGUUUUUCACUGACGUAGGAGUCCUGGAGAGGGGGAGAGGGUACUCCCUUUAACGGCCUAUACGUGGAGGCUCCGCCUGAAAGGGGGAACGUCAACGAUCGUGGAAACGUUUGAGCUGGCCUCUUAAACCCUUUAAGCCCCAAAAUCAACAUACAAAUUCUCCAAAUUGGUCUCUAUACAUUUUCAUAUUGAACACGUUGGGAGAAUUUGGUAGAGGAUCAAAGCAUUAUCCCUUCGGUGAUUAUUUCAUUAAUUCUCACAACCUUUUCUCUUGAUUGUGUAUUGAUGUUGUUGGAGAAAAUUGAUGUUUGUCAUUUUUGGGACUUGAGAGGUUAAUGUCUUUCACGAAUCGAUAUAUCGUUUCUGUUGCCUUUAUCAUGCUUACUACUCACAAAUUACUAGACAACGCGUAGUAUUAAAAUUUAAAUUGCAUCUUUUAAAGCUGUGGUUUCACGCUCUGAUCGUGCUUUAGAAAUGCUUCACAGAUUUCACUUUGUUGUUAACCAUUGUUUUGUAACCAGGUUUCAAAAUGAUUGUCAUUUACGGUAGUCACGCGCUGAAGCUGGCGCGACAGGGACUCUAACAGCAGCGUUCCGUGAUUGGUUCCUUAGAAGAUAAAAAGCUACAACGCUUGAUUGUCUGGUGCAUAUUUGCCACUCAGGUCAUAAUGCAUCUGAAGUAAGUCUAAUUGUUACUGGAUCUUACAAUUAUUUUCAAUCCUACCAAGAGAGUAUCUGUUUAAAUUUGAAAUAUCAUCCAGUUCACGCAUUUUAUCGCACAGAUCUUAACCCGGGGGAUUUCAUUUCUGGGAAUCAUAAACCACGAAAACAAUAACAACCCUCUCAUAACGACGCUCUUUGAUUGGUUCAUUCUCUUUUGAUAUUCCGAAACGCUAAACAUAUAGACAAUCACAAGACUUCAUUGUUCAGUAUGAACUGCUUCGAGGGUCACGGCUCACUUGUGGUUGACGACAUCAUGGACCUUACAACUUUGUUUCACAAUCUUCGUGAAGAAGUGUCUUGUUCGGUGUGUUCGGACUUAUUUACCGAUCCUAAACAUCUCUCCUGUCUGCACAGUUUCUGCUUAAAGUGUUUGAAAGGAUGGUACGAAACGUGCGGCGGCGGAGACGCCAUUAGAUGUCCGAAGUGCCAAACCUUCAGUCAAGCUCCCGCAAGCGGUGAUCUUAAAGAUCUUCCAACAAGCUUUUAUCUUAACGGCUUGAUCGAUGUUCUUGCCAUUAAAGAAUGCAGCGAGUCUCAAGUCAAAUGCGGAAACUGUGACCAGAAAACUUCGGUAGCAUCGUAUUGUUUCCAGUGUUGCAUAUUUUAUUGUGAAGAAUGCUUAAUCGGUCAUAACAUCAUGCGAGACAAAAAGGAACAUCGCGUUUUGGCUGUAAAAGAGUUUCAAGACAAGGACUACGAGGAUGUAUUGAAGAGACCAGUAUUUUGUUCAAGACAAGGACACCAGAAGAAGAAACUCAAAUUAUUUUGCAAGGAAUGCGAGACGGCCGUUUGUCAAACUUGUGUCAUGCUAGAUCACAAUGGUCAUAAGUUAACGCUGAUUGAGGAAGAAGCUGAGAAUCAAAGACCCGAGAUAAAAACUGUUAUUGAAACACAACGACAUAACUUAGACGAAAAAAUGAAUGUAGUCGCUCAGCUAGAUAAAGAUUACGCCAAAGUGAUUCAGCAGAGCGAAACUUUGAAGGGCAAUGUCCAAAGGUUUGCUGAUAGGUUGAUAAAAACAAUUCGAGCAAAAAUGCAAAAUGUUAUUGACGCGAUUGAAAACCAAACGAAGAAGUCACUUGAAAGUUUAACAGCAAAAAGACGUGAAAUUCAUCGUCAGAUAAAGAUUAUUGAAUCAUCACUAGAGGAAGCUGCUAAACUUUUAAAACGAAGCACCACCGCGGAAAUUGUUCAGCUUAAAAAAACACUCCAAACAAUCUUUCGGGAAGUGAAUGAGACAGAGGCUAUUGUUCAUGAUGCCAGAACUCUGCAAACUUUUGCUUUUGUAGAAAAUGAAAAGAUGCAUGAUAUUGUGAACAGCGAAGAUAUUGGAUUCUUGGAAGGACCCGCUUAUAGAACAAAAGCCCGUGAAUCUUUGGCUGAAGGUAAAGGACUGAAAGAAGGAACUGUUGGACGUAAAGCUGAAUUCAAUUUGACCACAAGAAACGCAGAGAGAAAGCAGGGGUACGAUCAAGGGGACCGUGUAACGGUAGAGAUCACGGACGAGCCAGGACAAGAAAGCGUGACGGAAGUAAGAAUAGAUGAUAACAAGGAUGGAAUCUACAACAUCAGUUAUUUUCCCGGAGUUCAAGGGACAAUAAAGUUGUUAGUUAAGGUAAACGGGGAACAUAUUCAUGGUGGCCCUUUUGCUGUGACUGUAAAACCAUUUCAAGUCAAACCUGUUUUAUGUAUUGGAAAGAAAGGCUCGGGUGAAGGAAUGUUAAUUGGACCUAUGGGGGUGGCAGUUACUGCUAAAGAUGAAGUAGUAGUAGCUGACAACCAAAACCAUCGGUUUCAAGUGUUUGACAGUAAUGGUACUUUCUUAAGAUCCAUUGGUCAUAAAGGUGAAAAUGUUGGAGAGUUUAAGAAUCCUACAGGAAUUGCCAUUGAUAAGGAUAGAAAUAUUCUCGUGUCAGAGUGUUAUAACCACAGAGUACAGAUCUUAAGUUGGAAGGGGAAGCACCUGGGUUCAUUUGGCAGCAAAGGAAACCUUGAUAGACAGCUCCUUAACCCUUGGGGUUUAUCCUUAGAUAGUACUGGUAAUGUUAUUGUUGCUGAUAGAGGGAACAAACUGAUUAAGAUCUUUACCCCGGAUGGUAGGUUUGUAAUGAAGAUAGGUGGACAGGGUUCUUUAGAUAAACCUGUUCACUGUGUUCAGUGUGGUGAAUAUUUCAUAGUGUCAGACUCAGGUGAACACUGUAUCAAAGUAUUUAACAGGGAGGGGCAUUUUCAGUACAAGUUUGGUAAGCAGGGGGAGGGGGACGGAGAGUUUAAUUAUCUACGUUUUCUGUCAGUAACUCAGCCAAAGCACCUGUUGGUUUGCGAUUGUUUUAAUCAUAGAAUACAAGUCUUUGAACUAGAUGGAACGUUUGUUGGAAAAUUCGCUACUUAUGGCAGCAAAUUAGGAGAAUUUAUUGAGCCAUUCUCGGUAGCUGCUCUAAGUAAUGACCAAAUUGUGGUGUCUGAUUACAAAAAUAAUCGAAUUCAAAUAUUUGAAUGACAUCUGACUAUGCAGUUUUCCUAAGAAUAAUGGCAAGCAUCAGCAAUUGUCUUUUUUCUAAUUUCUAAGUGUAGUAGAAUUACGUCAUUACAAUAAUUAUUUUUCAAUUUCUUAGAAACAAACGUUUUGUUCAGUUUAGGUCACUGUAUGAAUUGUUUUCUUGUAAGCAAGACAAUCAGCGUUUUCUCGCAUUCAUAUAUCAAGUAUCGCCCUUAGCGAAGGAUUACGAUGUACUUACUCGUUUUCAGGCGUCCCAAGCACUGUUCUUACGCUUUGCGCUUCAGUUACACAUGGUAUCUCGGAAAGGGUGCUCUGUCACCAAUCAUUGGCGCCUCGCGUUUUGCAUCCUUCCCAUGACGCUUGGCCCUGCAAAAUGAGCCGAACACAAAUCCAAGUAUCUUCUGUGGCCAAAUAUAGACCCCAUCACUUUUGAGAAAAUUUAAUUUUCACUAUCCCAUUUUAGUAACUUUCUGUUUAGGCAUCUACCUUUUAAAACCUUUUAACUAAUGACACGUUGGCAUUGACACAUUGGUUUAACUAAACCACAAUAUGGGCAUAAUGUAGAAACGUAUAACAAUAUAGAUAAGCGUAGCCACUCUGUAAUAGAAAAAAAGGCCGGAAAAUAAAUAUUUUAUCUCUUUAGUAACCCUGUGUGAUAUGCAAUUGUUUGUCUAAUCAUUCCAAUACAGAGAUAUUAAAUAUAAGUAAUCCAUUCUACUAGGCUUGAGAACAUGACAAUGCCCAACAAUAAUGCAAGUUGCUUACAUUCCAAGCGCUAGGUAGUAAUUGUACAACUCUUUAUGUUUCAAUUUAUUCGCUAAGGCAAUAUAUUGUUUUUUCGCUUACAGUCGUUCCCCUAAUUCUGCUUUGGCUCGGUGGGUUGAUGUAAAAAAGUAGUUGAGAUCAAAAUUCAUGAAAAACAGACUGGAAGUAGGAGAGGCAGACUGAGGUGUUUUUAAAAAUAUUAGCUUCUUUUGAGCGCGUCCUGCGAUUAAUUAUCUCAUUUAACACUUCGUUGCACGUAGAAAGCAACCUAUUGUUUAAGUCUUCUUGGUACGUGAAAUGCAAUGAAAACGUUCUAGGCCGUGAGAAAAACGUUCUUCCCGUAAGAGUCGAAUUGAAAGCAUUGAACGUCGAAGUCAGAAAGUCAUUGGUGGAAAUUAUCAAGUUCAGACAGUGGAGAGUUUAAUAAAGAGGCAGUCCUGCCAGCUUGUGUUUGAUUGUCUUCAGGAUAACGUCUGUACCCUUUUUAAAGGAUAUUUUAUAAAAAUUGAACACAACAUUAACACUAGAAACAAUGGGUGUUCACGAAAACUUCCCAAAGCCAAAUUAGAAUUUGGACGGAGAAGUUUUGCCUUUCAAGGGGCUCUAGUUUUUAAUACUUUACCUCGGCAUUUAAGAACUGUAAAUUCUAGGUUUCUUUUUAAGAGUAAUUUAAAACAAUUUUUUCAAUAGUAUUCCAUAAUUCAUAACUCUUUUCAGUCUUGUAAGUCGAUGAUUUUUACAGUUCUGUACCCCUUUUAAAGGAUAUUUUACAAAAAUUGAACACAACAUUAACACUAGAAACAAUGGGUGUUCACUAAAACUUCCCAAAGCCAAAUUAGAAUUGGGACGGAGAAGUUUUGUCUUUCAAGGGGCUCUAGUUUAUAAUACUUUACCUCGGCAUUCAAGAAAUUUAAAUUCUAGGUUUCCUUUUAAGAGUAAUUUAAAAGAAUUUUUUCAAUAGUAUUCCAUAAUUCACAACUCUUUUCAGUUUUGUUAGUCGAUGAUUUUUACAGAUUUUGAUUUGUAAAUCUUAGAUUUUUUAGUGUUAUUUUAUUUUCCUUCUUCGAUUUUAUUUUUUAUUUUUUAGCUAUUUAUGAGAUAAUUACAGGACCCUUUUGAUAACAGUUCUUUUUAUUAGAACUGAUAGGUUAUCCUGUAUAAAUAUUCGCGUUAUUAUUAUUAUUAUUAUUAUUAUUAUUAUUAUUAUUAUUGCCCGAUCCAUUUAUUGCGGAUUUUCACUAGAUCGUAAGUGUUUUCAUGACAUUGUAAAGGUUGUUUUUUAACAGACGUAGGAGUCCUGGAAAGGGGGAGAGGGUACUCCCUAUAAUUGCCUAUACGGGGAGGUUCCGCCCGAAAGGGGUUACCUUCUGUAGGCUUAAGCCCAAAAGACUAGGGAUUUCACUAGUUGUAGUAUAUAAAUUGGUAGGGAAAGCUGUUCGGUCCGUAAAAGGACUUAAAAGGGCUGACAGAAAGAUUUUGUGGCUGUGGGGGAGACAAGAAAACUUCCUGGUUUAGUGAAUACUGGCCUCCCCCUGGCGGGGGUAAGAGUCAGAAUCAGACAAUGUUAGUUAUUGUCAAAGAAUAAAGCAGCUGUACUUAAUUAGAGAGCGACAAUAUUCGGUCUCUGUUGGUUUUUUGUGAACGUCAACGUUCCUGGAAACGUUCGAGCUGGCCUCUUUAACCCUUUACGCCCCAAAAUCAACAUACAAAUUCUCCAAAUUGGUCUCUAUACAUUUUCAUAUUGAAUACGUUGAGAGAAUUUGGCAGAAGAUCAAAUUAUUAGCCUGUCUCUUUGGUGUUUUUUUCAUUAAUUCUCACAACCUUAUCUCUUGAUUGUGUAUUGAUAUUGUUCGGUGAAAUUUGAUGUUUGUCACUUUUGGGAAUCAAAGGGUUAAUGUCUUUCACAAAUCGAUCUAUCGUUUCUGUUCCCUGAUUAUGGUUACUUACUACUCACAAAUUACUAGACAACGAGUAGUAUUAAAAUUCAAAUUGCAUCUUUUAAAGCUGUGGUUUCACGCUCUGAUCGUGCUUUAGAAAUGCUUCACAGAUUUCACUUUGUUGUUAACCAUUGUUUUGUAUCCAGGUUUCUUAAUGAUUGUCAUUUACGGUACUCACGCGCUGAAGUUGGCGCGACAGGGACUCUAACAUAAGCGUUCCGUGAUUGGUUCCUUAGAAGAUAAAAAGCUACAAAGCUUGAUUGAAUGGUGCAUAUUUGUCACUCAGGUCAUAAUGUAUCUGAAGUAAGUCUAAUUGUCACUGGAUCUUCAAUCCUUUUCAAUUCUACCAAGAGAGUUUUUAUUUAAAUUUGCAAUACUAUCCAGUUCGCGCCUUUUAUCACACAGGUCUUACCCCAAGGGAGUUCAUUUCUGAGAAUCAUAAAUCACGAAAACAAUAAUAACCCUCUCACAACGAGCCUUUUUGAUUGGUUCAUUCUCUUUUGGUAUUCCGAGAAACGUUAAACAUAGACGAUCACAAGACUUCAUUGUUCAGUGUAAACUGCUUCAAGGGUCACAGCUCACUUGUUGACGACAUCAUGGACCUUACAACUUUGUUUUACAAUCUUCGUGAAGAAGUGUCUUGUUCGGUGUGUUCGGACCUAUUUACGGAUCCUAAACACCUCUCCUGUCUGCACAGUUUCUGCUUAAAGUGUUUGAAAGGAUGGUACGAAACGUGCGGGGGCGGAGACGCCAUUAGAUGUCCGAAGUGCCAAACCUUCAGUCAAGUUCCCUCAAGCGGUGAUCUUAAAGAUCUUCCAACCAGCUUUUAUCUUAACGGCUUAAUCGAUGUUCUUGCCAUUAAAGAAUGCAGCAAGACUCAAGUCAAAUGCGGAAACUGUGACCAGAAAACUUCGGUAGCAUCGUAUUGUUUCCAGUGUUGCAUAUUUUAUUGUGAAGAAUGCUUAGUCGGUCAUAACAUAAUGCGAGACAGGAAGGAGCAUCGCGUUUUGGCCGUAAAAGAGUUCCAAGACAAGGACUAUGAGGAUGUAUUGAAACGACCAAUAUUCUGUUCAAGACAAGGACAUCAAAAAAAGAAGCUGAAACUAUUUUGCAAGGAAUGUGAAACAGCAGUUUGCCAAACUUGCGUCAUGCUAGAUCACAAUGGUCAUAAGUUAACGCUGAUCGAGGAAGAAGCUGCGAAUCAAAGACUCGAGAUAAAAACUGUUAUCGAAACACAACGACACAACUUAGACGAAAAAAUGAACGUUGUCGCUAAGUUAGAUGAAGAUUAUGCUAAAGUGAUUCAACAGAACGAAAAUUUGAAGGGCGAUGUCCAAAGGUUUGCUGAUGGGUUGAUAAAAACAAUUCAAGCAAAAAUGCAAAAUGUUAUUGACGCGAUGGAAAACCAAACGAAGAAGUCACUUGAAAGAUUAACAGCAAAAAGAGGUGAGAUUCAGCAUCAGAUAAACGUUAUUGAAUCGUCAUUGGAAGAAGCUGAUAAACUUCUAAAACGAAGCACCACCGCGGAAGUUGUUCAGCUUAAGAAAGCACUGCAAACAAUCUUUCAGGGCGUGGAUGAGACAGAGCCUUUUGUUCAUGACCGCAGCAGUCUGCAAGAGUUUGUUUUCGUAGAAAAUCAGAAGAUGCUUGAUGUCGUCAACGGUGAAGAAAUUGGAUUAUUGAAAGAACUUUACCGAACAAAAGCAAAAGAAUCACUGGCUGAUGGUGAAGGACUGAAAGAAGGAACUGUAGCACGUAAAACUCAAUUCAAUUUGAUCACAAGAAGCGCAGAGAAAAAGCAGGGGUAUGAUGAGAAGGACCGUGUCACGGCAGAGUUCAAGGACGAGCAAAGACAAGAAUGCGUGACGGAAGUAAGAAUAGAUGACAACAAGGAUGGAAUCUACAACAUCAGUUAUUUUCCCAGAGUUCAAGGGACAAUAAAGUUAUUAAUUAAGGUAAACGGGGAACAUAUUCAUGGUAGUCCUUUUGCUGUGGUUGUAAAACCAUUUCAAGUCAAACCUGUUUUAUGUAUUGGAAAGAAAGGCUUGGAUGAAGGACUGUUAAAUAAUCCUAUGGGAGUGGCGGUGACUGCUAAAGAUGAAGUAGUAGUAGCUGACAACCAGAACCAUCGGGUUCAAGUGUUUGACAGUAAUGGUACUUUCUUAAGAUCCUUUGGUUACAGAGGUGAAAAUGCUGGAGAGUUUAAGAAUCCUACAGGAAUUGCCAUUGAUAAGGAUAGAAAUAUUCUCGUAUCAGAGUAUCAUAACCACAGAGUACAGAUCUUAAGUUGGGAGGGGAAGCACCUGGGUUCAUUUGGCAGCAAAGGAAGCCUUGAUAGUCAGCUCCUUCAUCCUUGGGGUUUAUCCUUAGAUAGUACUGGUAACGUUAUUGUUGCUGAUACAGAUAACAAACUGAUUAAGAUCUUUACCCCGGAUGGAAAGUUUAUAAUGAAGAUAGGUGGACAGGGUUCUUUUAGUUAUCCUAUUCACUGUGUUCAGUGUGGUGAAUAUUUCAUAGUGUCAGACCACAAUGAACAUUGUAUCAAAGUAUUUAGUAGGGAGGGACAUUUUCAGUACAAGUUUGGCAAGGAGGGGAAAGGGGACGGGGAGUUUAAUCAUCCAAAUUUUCUAUCAGUGACUCAGUCAAAGCACCUGUUGGUUUGUGAUGGGAAGAAUAAUAGAAUACAAGUCUUUGAAGUAGAUGGCAAGUUUUUAGGAAAAUUCGGUACAAAUGGCCCCAAAGUAGGAGAAUUCAAUGAGCCGUUCUCAGUAGCUGUUCUAAGUAAUGACCAAAUUGUGGUCUCUGAUCGCAAUAAUAAUCGAAUUCAAAUAUUUGAAUAACAUCCGACCGGUUUUCCUAAGAAAUAUAAAUGGAAUCACCAGUAGUGUUUUUCUAAUUUCUAAGUUUAGUAGGAUUCCGUCAUUACAAUCAUUAUUUUUAAAUUUCUCAGAAUCAAACGUUUUGUUAAGUUUAGGUCAGUGUAUGAAAUGUUUUCUUGUAAGCAAGACAAUCAGGGUUUUCUCGUAUUCACAUAUCAAGUAUCGUCCUUAUAGCGACGGAUUACGAUGUACCUACUCGUUUUCAGGCGUCCCAAGCACUGUCCUUACGCUUUGCGCUUCAGUUGCACAUGGUAUCUCGAGAAGGGUGCUCUGUCACCAGUCAUUCGCGCCUCGCGUUUUGCAUCCUUCUCAUGACGCUUGGCCCUGCAAAACAAGCCGAACACAAAUCCAAGUCUAUUUUGUGGCCAACUAGUAGACCCCAUCUUAGUCACUUUUGGGAAAAUGUAAUUAUCGCGAUCCCAUUUUAGUAACUUUCUCUUUUCUACCUUUUAAAGCCUUUUAACUAUAGGUCAUCCUGAAAUGAAUUGACACAUUGGUUUAACCCUUUAAGCCCUAAGAGUGAUCAGCGUCAAAUUUCUCCUUGUAAUAUCACUGCUUUAUAAAACACAGUGGUCAUGAGAAUUGAGGGCCUGAUCACACAAGAUGAAUCGAAUUGAUACUUCAACAAAUUCUGCCAACUGCUUCUAUUGAAAACAUAUAGGGACAACAAAUGAGAAUUUGAAUUUUGAUGCUAGGGUUUAAAGGGUUAACUUAUGGAGAAACGUAUAACAAUAUAGAUAAGCGUAGCCACUCUGUAAUAGAAAAAAAGACUGGGAAAUAAAUAUUCUACCUCUUAAGUAACCCUGUGUGAUAUGCAGUUAUUUGUCUAAUCAUUCCAAUACAGAGAUAUUAAAUAUAAGUAAUCCAUUCUACCAUGCUUGGAACCUGACAAUGCCCAACAAUAAUGCAAAUCGCUUACAUUCCAAGCGCUCGCUAGUAAUUGUACAACUCUUUAUGUUUCAAUUUAUUCUUUGAGGCAAUCUAUUUCUCUUUUCUUUUACGGUCGUUCCCGUAUUUCUGCUUUGGCUCGAUAGGUUGAUGUAAAAAAGUAGUUGAGAUCAAAAUUCAUGAAAAACAGUCUGGAAGUAGGAGAGGCAGACUGAGGUGUUUUUAAAAAAGAUUAGCUCCUUUUGAGUGCGUCCUGCGAUUAAUUAUCUCAUUUAAUACAUCGUUUUCCUUAAGUGUUGCACGUUGAAAGCAAUCUAAAUUGUUGAACUCUUCUUUGGUACGAGAAGUGCAAUGAAAACGUUCUAGGCCCGAUCGAUGUUUUUUCGGAUUUUCACUAGAUCGUAAGUGCUUUCGUGACAUUGUAAAGGUUGUUUUUCACUGACGUAGGAGUCCUGGUGAGGGGAAGAGGGUCACUCCCUAUGAUGGCCUAUACGUGGAAGCUCCGCCCGAAAGGGGUACCUUUUGUAGGCUUAAGCCCAAAGGGGAAGGGAUUUCACUAGUUGUAGUAUAUAAAUUGGUAGGGAAAGCUGUUGGGUCCGUAAAAGGACCUAAAAGGGCUCACAGAAGGAUUUUGUGGCUGUGGGGGAGACAAGAAAACUUCCUGGUUUAGUGAGUGCUCCCCUUCCCCUGUCGGGGGUAAGAGUCGGAAUCAGACAAUGUUAGUUAUUGUCAAAGAAUAAAGCAGCUGUACUUAAUUUGAGAGCGAGAACAUUCGGUCUCUGUUGGGUUUUUCUUAACGUCAGCGAUCCUGGAAACGUUUGAGCUGGCCUCCUUAACCUUUUAAACCCCAAUAUCGACAUAAAAAUUCUCCAAACUGGUCUUUAUACAUUUUCAUAUUGAAUACGUUAGGAGUAUUUGGUAGAAGAUCAAAGCAUUUUCCCUUUGGUGAUACUUUUUAUUAAUUCUCAAAGCUUAUCUCUUGAUUGUGUAUUGAUAUUGUUAAAGAAAAUUGAUGUUUGUCACUUUUGGGACUUUCACAAAUCGAUAUAUCGUUCCUGUUCCCUUUAUCAUGCUUACUACUCACAAACUACUAGACAAUGCGCAGUAUUAAAAUUCAAAUUGCAUCUUUUAAAGCUGUGGUUUGACGCUCUGAUCGUGCUUUAGAAAGGCUUCACAGAUUUCACUUUGUUAUUAACCAUUGUUUUGUAUUCAGGUUUGAAAAGGAUUGUCAAUUACGGUACUCACGCGCUGAAGCUGGCGCGACAUGGCGGGACACUAACAACAGCGUUCCAUGAUUGGUUCCUUAGAAGAUAAAAAGCUACAAGGCUUGAUUGUCUGGUGCAUAUUUGCUACUCAGGUCAUAAUGUAUCUGAAGUAAGUCUAAUUGUUACUGGAUCUUACAAUAAGUUUCAAUCCUACCAAGAGAGUUUCUGUUUAAAUUUGAAAUAUCAUCCAGUUCACACUGAUCUUAACCCGGGGGAUUUCAUUUCUGGGAAUCAUAAACCACGAAAACAAUAACAACCCUCUCACAACGAGGCUCUUUGAUUAGUUUAUUCGCUUUUGAGAUUCCGCGACACUGAUAAACAUAGACGAUCACAAGACUUCAUUAUCCAGUGUUGACUGCUUCAACGGUCACAGCUCACUUGUUGUUGACGACAUCAUGGACCUUACAACUUUGUUUUACAAUCUUCGUGAAGAAGUGUCUUGUUCGGUGUGCUCGGACUUAUUUACGGAUCCUAAACAUCUCUCCUGUCUGCACAGUUUCUGCUUAAAGUGUUUGAAAGGAUGGUACGAAACGUGCGGAGGCGGAGACGCCAUUAGAUGUCCAAAGUGCCAAACCUUCAGUCAAGUUCCCGCAAGCGGUGAUUUAAAAGAUCUUCCAACCAGCUUUUAUCUUAACGGUUUGAUCGAUGUUCUUGCCAUUAAAGAAUGCAGCAAGACUCAAGUCAAAUGCGGAAACUGCGACCAGAAGACUUCGGUAGCAUCGUAUUGUUUCCAGUGUUGCAUAUUUUACUGCGAAGAAUGUUUAAUCGGUCAUAACAUCAUGCGAGACAAGAAGGAACACCGCGUUUUGGCCGUAAAAGAGUUCCAAGACAAGGACUAUGAGGAUGUAUUGAAGCGACCAAUAUUCUGUUCAAGACAAGGACAUCAAAAAAAGAAGCUGAAAUUAUUUUGUAAGGAAUGUGAAACAGCAGUUUGCCAAACUUGCGUAAUGCUCGAUCACAAUGGUCAUAAGUUGACACUCAUCGAGGAAGAAGCUGAGAAUCAGAGACUCGAGAUAAAAACUGUUAUCGAAACACAACGACGGAACUUAGACGAAAAAAUGAACGUAGUCGCUCAGCUGGAUGAAGAUUAUGCUAAAGUGAUUCAUCAGGGCCAGUCUUUAAAGGGUAAUGUCCAAAAAUUUGCUGAUGGGUUGAUAAAAAUAAUUCAAGCAAAAACUCAAAAUAUUAUAGCCAUGGCAGAAAAACAAACAAAGAAGUCACUUGAAAGUUUAAAAGCAAAAAGAAGCGAGAUUCAGCAUCAGAUAAAUGUCACUGAAUCAUCGUUGGAGGAAGCUGAUAAACUUUUAAAACGAAGUACCACCGCGGAAAUUGUUCAGCUGAAAAAAACACCGCAAACAAUCUUUCAGGGCGUGGAUGAGACAGAGCCUAUUGUUCAUGACCGUAGGAGUCUGAAAGCGUUUGUUUUCGUACAAAAUCAGAAGAUGCUUGAUGUCGUCAACGAGGAAGAAAUUGGAUUCUUGGAAGAACGUUAUGGAGCAAAAGCAAAAGAAUCACUGGCUGAAGGUGAAGGACUGAAAGAAGGAACUGUAGCCCGUAAAGCUCAAUUCAGUUUGAUCACAAGAAACGCCGAGAGAAAGCAGGAGUACGAUGAGAGAGACCAUGUCACGGUAGAGAUCGAGGACGAACAAGAACGAGAAUGCGUGACCCAAGUGAAAAUAGAUGAUAACAAAAAUGGAAUCUACAAAAUGACUUAUUAUCCCCGGAUUCAAGGGACAAUAAGGUUAUUAGUUAAGGUAAACGGGGAACAUAUUUCUUGUAGUCCUUUUACUGUGAUUUUAAAAUCAUUUCAAGUCAAACCCGUUUUAUCUUUUGGAAAGCAAGGCUCGGGUGAUGGAAUGUUUCAGUGUCCUUAUGCGGUGGCUGUGAAUGAUAGGGACGAAAUAGUAGUAGCUGACGCGUUGAAUUAUCGGUUCAAGUGUUUGACAAUAAUGGUACUUUCUUAAGAUCCUUUGGUCACCAAGGUAAAAAUGCUGGAGAGUUCAACUGCCCUGUUGGAGUAGCCAUUGAUAAGGACAGGAAUAUUUUUGUGGCAGACAAUGGGAACAAUAGAAUACAGAUUCUUAGUUGGGAGGGGAGGCACCUGGGUUCAUUUGGCGGCGAAGGAAGCCAUGAUAGUCAGCUCAAUCAUCCUUGGGGUUUAUCUUUAGAUAGUACUGGUAAUGUUAUUGUUGCUGAUACAGGGAACAAGGUGAUUAAGAUCUUUACUCCGGAUGGUAGGUUUGUAAUGAAGAUAGGUGGGCGGGGUUCUUUUCGUUUACCUGUUCACUGUGCUCAGUGUGGUGAAUAUUUCAUAGUGUCAGACUCACAUGAACACUGUAUCAAAGUAUUUAACAGGGAGGGGCAUUUUCAGUACAAGUUUGGUAAGAAGUGGGAAGGAAACGGGGAGUUUAAUUUUCCACGUUUUCUGUUAGUGACUCAGUCAAAACAACUGUUGGUUUGUGAUUGUUUUAAUCAUAGAAUACAAGUCUUUGAACUAGAUGGAAAGUUUGUAGGAAAAUUUGGUACAAAUGGCAGCAAAUUAGGAGAAUUUAAUCAGCCAUUCUCUGUAGCUGUUCUAAGUAAUGACCAAAUUGUUGUGUCUGAGUACAAUAAUAAUCGAAUUCAAAUAUUUGAAUGA